GUGGGAAUUGUUGAAUUUAUGUGUUCUUGAGAGGGGGUGGAUUCAAUUUGGAUUCUUUUAGGUUCUUUGAAGUGGUUUGAACUUAAUUUAGACUGGGGAGAGUGUUUGUUUUGGUGGGAAUUGUUGAAUUUAUGUGUUCUUGAGAGGGGGUGUGAAUUUCUUAGUAACUGAGCAGAUGAAUGUGGUGGGUAGAGUUAGCAGCAUUAUAACCGCGGGUGUGUACUCGGUUGCCACCCCAUUUCAUCCUUUUGGUGGAGCUGUUGAUAUUAUUGCUGUAAAGCAGCAGGAUGGGAGCUUUAGGUGCACCCCUUGGUAUGUUCGGUUCGGUAAAUUUCAGGGUGUUCUUAAACGGUCAGAGAAGGUUGUUAGGAUACAGGUUAAUGGAGUUGAAGCCGAUUUUCACAUGUAUCUUGACAACUCGGGUGAAGCCUAUUUUGUGAGGGAGGCUGAUGCUGAUAAGGAGAGUGAAUCAAAUCGGGGCUUGAUAGUUUCUGAUGAAGGGCCACGGGAGGAUAAUGGCAACGACGGGGAUUAUAGGCAAAAAGGGGUACUUCAUAGGCACGAGACUAAUGAGUCCAUUGAUUCUGAGUUAGAGAGGCAAGAUGAACGUAUUGCUUCGAGUGUAGCUCAUCUAGAUAGGACAGAGUCUGGGUUAUAUGAGUUUUACGACGUUCAAUCUUCUCUGGAGGAUUCGAUUAACUUAUCAGAAUAUGGUUCCGGCCACUAUGAAAAUUUAGAUACUGUGGAACACAUUUUAGAAUCCCAAAGUUCUAGUCCAGAAGUUGUUUUGGUGAGCGUGGAUGGCCACAUAUUGACUGCACCAAUCUCGUCAUCUGAUAAUACAGAAAAUGUAGAGUUGAGUAUGCCUCGGUUUCAUCUUGGCCCGGGUGAAAGUGCUGAUUUUUGCAAGGGUAAUGCAAAGUUUAGCACAGGCAAAGCUAAACGGGCCACUGACUGCUCGGGUGAUACUGAAACAUCUGUACGGAGUGUUGGUUUUGAAGACGAUAGCAACAUAAACAACGAGAGUAGUCCUUCACAGCACCAAACAGAAGUUUAUCAACUACAAGAAACAUUUGUCAUAGAGAAUCGGGAUACAAAGUUUCAUAGGAACGACAGUCUUGAGAGCACAUCGUCUGACAUCAAGAACGAUGAUGUUUUCAAAAGUUGUUUGGAGCUAUCAGAACUGGCCUUGGAGAUCGGAAACAAGCCCAACCAAAAAGACACGCUUUCCUCAUUGGAAAUGCAAGAAAGUUUUGGAGGUUCAGAAGAGAAGUCUCAUUUCAGCCCCCUAACAAUCAAGGAAACCGAAGAUGGUUCUGACAAAUUUGGUAAUGAUAACGUGUUACCUCCUGGAUCUGAUCUGUCUAGCAGUUCUCCUUUCCCAAGUGUACUGGUUGAAGUUGAAAACCUCGUGGAAAGUACGUCAAAAAUUGAUCUUACCGAGUCUGAUACUCCACAGAUUGAGGGAACAAUAGUUGUAAAAGAAUUACAAAGUGUCCAGCAAGGUUCAGACAAAUGCGAUCAAAGUGAAAAUUCGGAACCACACGCAAGAAAUUCUGUUGCUGAUGCACACGGUGGUAAUAACAGGAGAUUGGAGAUCUCUCGUUGUGGGAACUUGCUUCACCCUGGAAUGGGUUCGAGUGCAGCUGCAGAAGUCUUUAAGGCACACCGUAUAUCUGAGGAGGAAUAUAAAACCGAUGCAGAAUCCAUAAUUAAGAAUAAAGAUUUGGUUGUUAGAAUUCGAGGGAAGUACUUGCCAUGGGAGAGGGCCGCUUCUAUUGUUCUUGGAAUGGCUGCAUAUAACUUGGAAUUACCUAUUGAAUCUACUGACGUAAUUCCAGUUGAGCGGGAUGAAGGCCCAAGAACGAGGGAAGAUGAUUCUGGGUUCAGUGGAACUCCUUCUGGACGGCGAUGGAGGCUCUGGCCAAAUCCGUUUAGAAGAGUUAAGAGUCUUGAGCAUACGUCUAGUGGUAAUUCAACAACCGAGGAUGCAUCUGUUGAUUCCGAAUGUACCUUACAGAGCCAAGCUGUAGAACCAAACGCAACACCACGAGGAGGCAAAGAAUCUCCGCACAAGCAAUUUGUGAGGACAAAUAUUCCGACUUCUGAUCAAAUUGCAUCUUUGAACCUGAAGGAGGGGCAAAACACGGUUUCUUUCAUUUUCUCUACAAGGGUCCUAGGGGAGCAGAAGGUUGAAGCUCAUAUGUACCUAUGGAAGUGGAAUGCACGAAUUGUAAUUUCUGAUGUUGAUGGUACUAUUACCAAGUCCGAUGUUCUUGGUCAGUUCAUGCCUUUGGUUGGGAAGGACUGGACACAUUCUGGAAUUGCAAGACUAUACUCGGCAAUUAAGGAAAACGGGUACCAGUUACUUUUUCUGAGUGCUCGUGCAAUUGUUCAAGCAUAUUUGACCAGAAGUUUUCUAUUCAAUCUUAAACAGGAUGGGCAAACUCUUCCAAAUGGACCUGUCGUUAUUUCACCCGAUGGCCUAUUUCCAUCGCUGUACCGAGAAGUAAUAAAACGAGCUCCUCACGAAUUUAAGAUUGCCUGUCUACAGGAUAUCAAGGCUCUGUUCCCUCCGGAUUAUAACCCGUUUUACGCGGGAUUUGGCAACAGAGACACUGAUGAACUCAGUUACAGAAGAAUCGGAAUUCCAAAGGGAAAGAUCUUCAUAAUCAACCCUAAGGGCGAGGUUGCCAUUAGUCACCGUUUAGAUGUGAAGUCAUACACUUCGUUGCACACUCUAGUAAACGACAUGUUCCCGCCAACAUCAAUGAUUGGACAGGAAGAUUUUAAUGAUUGGAACCACUGGAAAAUGCCAUUGCCAGAGAUUAAUGGUAGAUCUUAGCGGUUUGGUUCGUACAAGGAUGAACUGAGACUAACAUUCUUCUAAACAUCUUAUUAGACUUUUGUUGGUGGCACACAUACUAUUAUGUCUUUUUUUUAAAGGAAUAAGGGUCUUAUUAUUAUUAUUAUUAUUA